GCAGAGCCACUUCCGGCCUGGCGGGUGCAGUGAGUUCGCGUGUUUGGCCCCACGCAAUCACCUAGUUGUCCCGCGCCUGGUGGACGCGGUUGCGCUGUGGGUUCGGGCCGAGCCCUGGGACGCAGCGGGGCGGCGGCGAGGGGCCCCGGAGCAGAUGUCCGGGCACCGCGUGCGGAAAAACUCGGGCAGGUGCGCGCGGCGCCUGCUUCCAAGUGCGCGGGCUGGAGCCCCCGCGCGAAAGCCGCUCGCUGCUAGUGUUGGACCCUGACUGUGCGUACACUGUUUGAUCGACUCCUUUCUCUGUUUAAGCCAAAGCCUCCUUUGAGAGAGGGGCCAUGGAAAGCAGACCAUUGGUGGUAUCAAAACACAAAUCGGAGGUGGUGUGCGGGGUUCCCACCCAGGUGGUCUGCACAGCCUUCAGCAGCCACAUUCUGGUGGUGGUGACCCAGUUCGGGAAGAUGGGCACUCUGGUCUCCCUGGAGCCCAGCAACGUGGCCAGCGACAUCAGCAAGCCAGUGCUCACUACGAGAGUCCUUCUCGGGCAGGACGAGCCUCUCAUCCAUGUCUUUGCAAAGAACCUGGUAGCCUUCGUGUCUCAAGAAGCUGGAAACAGAGCAGUCCUCCUGGCCAUGGCUGUGAAGGACAAGAGUGUCGAAGGGUUGAAGGCCUUGAAGGAGGUGAUCCGAGUGUGCCAGGUAUGGUGACUUGGAUCAGCAGUGCACACCGUUCAAUAGGACUAGGCAGGAGCUCAGUCCCCAUGGCAGGGUCUCAAAGAUCUCCCUCCUGCACAACCAGGAGGAAAGACUUCUGACUUUAACCCUUGAAGCUGAAAAAAACAUCAUGUCUCAGGAACUCUAACUGGUUGCUGCAUCGUGGAGGUGGCAGAAGCAAGUGUGCCUUGGACUCCCAGAGGUGCAUCUACUUGAGGAUGGAAAGCACCCGUCAACUGCUGUGACUUGUGACCCUCGGUGUGGGGUAUCAUUUGUAAAGGGAGGUUUUUUAAAAUUAAAAGUAAAUAUGUGUCCC